AUGGAAUCGGUGGCAAACGCGAACGGGGAGGAACCGACUUCGUGGGAUGAACUAUACAACAUCAAUUUGAUGCCUUCCGAGUUGUUCUUCAAGUUCCGAAAAGAGCUUCAGGGCGUUCGAGUUGGUCUCAACAUGGAGUUCUACAAUGCCCCAGUCAAUGAAUAUCAAGCAAAGCUUGUAUUGAAGCCUUUAACACCUGAAUGGAAGUGGAAGAUAAUUUAUGAGCCCCUUCAUCAUGAUGUUCGCAUUCUGUCAAAAAAGAUCCCCAUCACCAAAUUUCUUAAUCUUCAGGUUGGUAUAGGACAUAAUUUUCAAGUGCAUGCUACUGGUUGGAAAUGGAAGCUCACCACAUGUUUGGGUGGAGAUGGUGUAUCCCGAAUCAGAAACAAGACAUCAGUUGGCUUGUGUCCUGGUUUUGACUUGCGGUUUGGAUGGAGGGCGGACUAUGUUCUUCCUGAAAUUACUGGGGCUCUGGGUACUAAUGAGCCACUGUUCAACAUGCACUCAGGACGACUACAAGCAUCACUAGAUAGAGUUGAGGCCAUCUUAACCCACAGUGAUGAUGCUUGA